GGCGGCGGCGCCGGCGGCGGCGGCGGUGACGGCUCCUCGGGCCACGGCCCUGACACCAGCGGGAGGAGCCAAGAAAGCGCCGUGAGAUGGGCCGGCUACUAAGUCAGUCGGGAGGAGACUGCUUCAUAUUACAGUUGCCCAGAAGCAUUGAUGGAAGCUCAGACUUCCCUGGGUCAGACUUGCUAUUUCCUUCUGCUCGGUGAACCAACCCUUUGUUUGCAUGUGGAGCCCACCCCCAGGUCAUUUCUCUGUGCCUUUGAUUUGUUCCCCAGCAGAUGUGGGUGCCCCAGUCAGCAGUGGAAGGGGGUACAAGGAAAUCACAGAGAAGUCUGUUCUGAUGUCCCCAGAAGCAAGCCGACCCCCUCCGGGCUCUGGGAAUACUACAAAGCAAUAUGAAACCUGUUCAUGAGAGGAGUCAGGAAUGCCUUCCACCAAAGAAAAGAGACCUCCCUGUGACCAGCGAGGAGAUGGGGAGGACCAGCAGCUGCUCCACCAACCACACACCCUCUAGCGAUGCUUCUGAUUGGUGUCGGGGGGUGGUGGUGACUGGGCAGACCCAGGCCGGAGUAAGACAGAGCGUCGGCAGUGAUGGCGUGGAGGCCCUCGCUGGUCUGACCGUGGACCAGUAUGGUAUGCUGUACAAGGUGGCUGUGCCACCAGCCACGUUUUCCCCAACUGGCCUCCAUCCUGUGGUGAACAUGAGCCCCCUGCCCUCUGCCUUUAAUGUAGCAUCAUCACUGAUUCAGCAUCCAGGAAUCCACUAUCCCCCCAUCCAUUAUGCUCAGCUUCCCCCCACUUCUCUGCAGUUUAUCGGAUCUCCUUACACUAUGCCCUAUGCCAUGCCACCCAAUUUCCUCCCUGGUCCUCUGCUCUCACCUUCUGCCAACCUCACGACCUCUCACGUCCCUCACUUUGUGCCAUAUGCCUCGCUCCUGGCAGAAGGGGCUACCCCUCCCCCCCAGCCCACAUCUCCAGCCCACACGUUCAGCAAAGUCCCUGCUGCCACUUCCCCCCCGGCUCAGCUGCAGCAUCACUCGGGCACUCAGCCAGUGGACCUCACUCCAGGCCGAGUGCCCAUUUACUACCAGAUGUCUCGGCUCCCCGCUGGCUAUACGACGCAUGAACUCCCUCCAUCCGGAGCAAGCCCCGAUUCGGUCCCUGCACUACAUGAGGUCCAGCCUGUUCUGGAUGUGACUACUCCCAAUGGCGGGCAGAGGCACAUGGAACGGAGCGCGGCGAGACGGGAAAGUGAAGGCACGGACCCUCCCGGCGGCAAGGACGAAGGCCAGGGACCAGGCACGGUGGUGGAAUGUGUGGUCGAUGGGCACUUGUUUUCAGGUUCUCAGACUCCACGGAUGGAGGUUAUGGUGCCGGCACACCGAGGGACUCCGGAGACCGACCUCGAGGUGCAGAGAGUGGUUGGAACCUUAGUGUCUCAGGACUAUCGAAUGGGGGCAGCUCAGAGACAAGACGAGCCCAGCCCCCUCAAUUUAUCCCAUCAUGCCCCUGACCAUCAGGAGGGCCGAGGCUUGGCUAGGAAUCCAGUCGAAAUGGCAGAGAAAAAUCAGGCCCCGGGCCUCUACACUCAGCCUCCUCAAGAGCUGGCAAAACAUAGACCUUUACCCAAAGCGAUGGUUAUAGCCAAUGGCAAUUUGGUGCCCGUGGGCACUGAACAGGGCCUGCUGUCUGUGGGGUCAGAGAUCCUGGUGACGUCGAGUCUGGAUAUGCAGGUGCGAGCUCCCUUUCCCAACAAGGAGCCGAGCCCGCCGCCCAGCACUUCUUCCCACUUGCCCUCUCACUUCAUGAAAGGGGCCAUCAUCCAGUUGGCCACAGGAGAGCUGAAGCGGGUCGAGGAUCUGCAGACCCAAGACUUUGUGCGCAGUGCAGAGGUGAGCGGAGGGCUGAAGAUCGACUCCAGCACCGUGGUGGACAUUCAGGAGAGCCAGUGGCCUGGCUUUGUCAUGCUGCAUUUUGUGGUUGGGGAGCAACAGAGCAAAGUAAGCAUCGAUGUGCCCCCCGAGCACCCUUUCUUUGUGUAUGGCCAGGGAUGGUCCUCCUGCAGCCCGGGGCGGACAGCGCAGCUCUUCUCUCUGCCUUGCCACCGGCUGCAGGUGGGAGAUGUCUGCAUCUCUAUCAGUUUACAGAGCUUGAACAGUAACUCGGUUUCUCAGGCUGGCUUCCCUCCCCCAGACCAGUUGGGUCCCUCCCAAGAGAGGCCUGAGAGGACAGUCUUGGGAUCCAGAGAGCCAUCUGACAGUGACAGGAAGAGCCAGCCUUCAGGAGAGGGGGCCUUGGCCCCGAGCUCCCACCUGGUGGAGCCCUCCCAGCCUGAGCCUGGAGCUCAGUCCUGCUGGCCAGCCACGGGCUUCCAAAGAUACAGUCUGCAGGGAGAGGAAGCACGGGCCACUCUGCUCCGUCCCUCUUUCAUUCCACAGGAGGUGAAACUCUCCAUUGAAGGGCGUUCUAAUGCAGGAAAAUGAACUCUCUUCCCCCCAUGCCAGGAUGGGAGUUUUAGUCCAGAGCUGAGUCUCACCGUGAGCAGUGACCCGAUUUUGAAGGUAAUAAAGGGGAGUCAGAAGCUAAGGCCUACAUCCCUAUCCUCAGAGGCCUCCUUCCUACCAGACCCUUAGAGCCAGCCUAGUGGUGGGAGAGGGCCGAAGCACUUGGGUCUUCAAAGGCACUUUGGUUGCAUUUGUAGCAGCACGAAGACUUUGAGGGUAGCAGAAACCCUUCGGGCUGUACAGAGCAGGAUGCUAUGGCCUAACAGCAGGCAGAUUGAGAAGAGUUGGGAGAUCAUGCUGGAGAGUAAAAGUGCCCAGAGGCCAAUGGAGGAAAGACUACAAAAUUAACUGACCUUGGAGAGCCUGGAAGGAUUGGCUAAAAAUGGAAAAAGUGGCAAGUUUUAGGGAGACUUCCUGGCCCCCCUAGGGGAAUGCCUAUUCACACUGAAGCUGCAAUACUUUCCAGAUGAGAAAAACUGUAGUAACAAACACUACAAUGGAGGGCUGAACCCUGCUCACAUUGGAUGGGGAUGAGAAGGGACUGGGGGAAGCCUGCAACCCUCCAUUCCCUGGGCUUGGGCAGGCCUCUCUCCUUAUGCAAUAAUAAACCGAGCAUAUGGUUCUGGAGCUGGCAGCUGCAGCCCAGAGGCUUAGUCUAUGAGCACAGCCUGGAGCCAGGGCGCUCCUCACUUGCAGGCUCUGGAGGGGACAAGGGUGCAGUUUGCCCUGCUGAGCUUCCCUAGCAGGAGCAGUUGUAAUUCAAUGCACUUUUCACACUAAAAAAGGCUUUUUUCGUUUUGUUUUGUUUUUCCCCCUCCCCUUAAACCCAGAUUCUCCCUGGUAGAUAGAGAACUCCCAAGUCCAUGUAAUCCCAAAGCCAUGUCAGCUGCAAUCCCCAGCGGUGACAGUGGCCUCAAGUCGGGUCCCUGCCCGCGGUGUGCAUGGCGCGGGGGCCCUUGUGCCUUUACUCAGUGUCAAACCCACAAGCAUUUGCAUCUUUCUGGCUGUCAUAGGGACUGAGAUUUCUUCAGUGGAAGCUGCCUGGGGGGGGAUGGGAGUUGGCAGUGGGGAGUGAGUGGGUGGCCCCUCAGCUUCCCUGACUCCCUGUGUUGCCUGGAGGAGACCGCGUAUUGUGUUGGGGAGAGGAUCGUAGCACAUCUGGAGUCUUGUCGCAGGGCUGGUCCCCAGCCACCUUCUCCGGUAGCCAAACCAGUGUACAUCCCAGCUGCGGUGGGGCGCACAGCUCCGCUUGUACAGCACCUUAAGGGGGUGGGGGGCGAGGAGAGGGAUGAAGAUGGGAUAGGGAAGGGAAUGUCAUCCAGGAGGGAGAGAAGGCCAAACCUGGAGAGGCCCGGCUGGAUCUGUUUUAGGUAGGAGUUCCCUGUAGAUAAAUUACCGAUCCCUCAACUAUAAUCCCCAUUAUGUAAUGGCUGAAUUAACAUGUAACCAACUGCAUUGUAUCUAAAGCCUUAGAACUAGUCAGGUGCUCCCCCCACCCAAUACUGUUUCUUACCCUCUAAUCCUACCUGAUCUUUAACAAAGCAUUAAUAAUUCUAAGGAUAAUCUAUUUUGUUGUGCUUUUUUGUAACUGUUUUAAAUAAAUCAAUUUGUACUGUAUAUUUGUACCUUUUGUGAAAUCCUUUUUGCUGUUUUACCAUUUUAAGUCUCUGUACUUGGCUACACAGAUUGUAUUUUUAUUGUUAAUGCUCUUCUUAUGGAUACCUGCAUUUAACUUGUGGACUAUGUAAACACAGUAUAUAUCAAUAUCUAUAUAUCUCUAUAUAAACUAAUAGCUUUUC